AUGGCCCCCGACAUUGCAGGAACCCAGUCGCUCCCACCGCCGGACCUUCCCAAACUCGUCGCCGAACAACACGUUCCCAUACCCAGCAGCGACAAGGACACGCAAAGACUGAUUGUGGUACUCUGCAAUGCCACGCUCGAGACGUACAAAGCCUCGGUCGGGUCCGGUCGUGGCCCUGGAGGAAGGGAAGAGAAGUACAACCUUCUCAACAGCGACGACCACAUCGGUGUCAUGAGGAAGAUGGGUCGCGACAUCAGCGAAGCGCGACCUGAUAUCACACACCAGUGCCUGCUCACACUAUUGGACUCGCCGAUCAACAAGGCUGGAAAGCUCCAGAUUUACAUCCAGACGGCGAAGAAUGUGUUGAUCGAGGUCAACCCCGGCGUCCGGAUACCACGUACAUUCAAGCGAUUUGCUGGUCUCAUGGUCCAGCUGCUCCACCGACAUCAGAUCCGGUCGACAACGUCGCAGGAGAAGCUCAUCCAGGUGAUCAAGAAUCCGAUUACGGACCAUCUCCCUCCCAACUGCCGAAAGGUGACGCUCAGCUUCGACUCGGAAGUUGUGCGUGUACGAGAUUACAUCCAAGGUUUGAACAAGAACGAGAGCAUCUGCGUCUUCAUUGGUGCCAUGGCCAAGGGCAACGAUGACUUUGCCGACGCCAUCAAGGAUGACUCGAUCAGUAUCAGCAACUUCAACCUCAGCGCCAGUGUAGCAUGCAGUAAAUUCUGCCAUGCAGCCGAGGACGUUUGGGGCAUCAUCUAG